AUGACACACUCUGGACGCACAAAGGGGCAGCCGGGUGAGUCUGCGCCCGCCGCUGGCCGGGUCGAGAACGCGCAUGGCGCGCCGGAACAGACGAUCGCGACAAAGGCGGGCAGCUCUUCUGCUGCUCAGGAGAUCCCACGCAAAAAGCAGGCCACAGGAAUCUCAAUAAGCCAAAAACAGGCCCUCGUCGACAACCUCCAGCUCGAGAUCACGGAACGCGCCCGGAAGCUUCGUGCGCAGUACAAUCUCCAGGCCCAAGGUCUUCGAACACGUAUCGAAAUUCGCGUUAAUCGCAUUCCCAUGGCGUUGAGGAAAUCGAAGAUGGGAGACCUGGCAGACAAGCAUAAGAAUGGUCAGCAUCCUCAACUGUCGAAGCCCACCGCUUCCGCUUUCCCAUCUUCAGUCUCCCGUCCACCGCCAGUACCGGCAAAAGACACCCCUGGUGAUCAAAUAUCGGGGGCUGGCAAGGAGAACGAAAACGAGUCCGCAGAGCUAGAGCAGCCCAAAAAGAGGACCCGUGGUCAUCCGCCCCCUCCUGCGGAAUCGACCAAGGCGUCCAGGGUGCUGUCGCCGGCAUCGUCUAAUAUUCGCACCCUUCCUCGCACCACACCAGGUGGCAAGUCUUUCAUGUCACGACCUGGUCUAAACACUGUGGCUGGUCCAUCCUCGCCUACAAAACAGCACAGCUCGUCCAACCUCUUCAGCAACCUCGCAGAGAAGGCUCGGUCAACACGCACAGCUGCAACGGGACGGAAGCAGACUGCGUCUACCUCCACUGCUGCAAGUUCAACUGGUGGAUCGACAAGAGGGAGGAAACCAGCGACCGGUGCGACCACGAAUACGGCGGCAUCCAAGACGGCGCGGAGAGUUAGCGGCAUCAGCGAGUCUAGUGAGAGCAGCACGUCGACGGUCGUCAAGAAGGGGACGGGAAGAGCGGCCCAGGCUGCGACGAAGGAGACGGCGCCCGCGCCGGCCACAAAACGGACAGUGAUGGGCACGAUCAGGAGAGGCGUCGCUGGGGCUGGGACGACGAAGAAAGCCGCAGCUGCGAAAUCGACAACGCCGGCUUCUACAGCCACAGGUAGAGUUCUAAGGAAUAGAAGUUGA